UCGAGCAAUGAGGGAAGCGAGUUCAUAUCGCAGUUCAGACUAAAGGCCAAAAAGGAAAAAGGUAUUGUGUGAGCCAUGACUGCUACCAACACCGCGUUCCUAUGCUCCAGUCCUUUGUCCUAUUCAUCUUUUCCAUCAGUCGCAACACCGAGUAAAACGCCUGUCAGUAUAACCCUCGCCCUCAGAUCCAGAUCCUGGGGCUCUACCCGCUUUGCAGCAAGAGCAAGCAGCCGCCACAUGGACCCUGAGUUCCUGCGGAAGGGCAUCGCUGAGUUCUAUGAUGAGUCUUCUGUCAUUUGGGAAGACAUCUGGGGUGACCAUAUGCAUCACGGCUUUUACGACCCCGGUUCUGACGUUUCUGUUUCCGACCACCGGGCUGCUCAGGUCCGGAUGAUUGAGGAGGCCCUUCGUUUUGCUGGUGUAUCUGAUGAAAGGGCACUAACUCCUAGUUUCAUCUCGGAACGGCUAGAGGACCCAACCAUGUGGCCCAAGGCUAUUGUUGAUGUUGGAUGUGGCAUAGGUGGCAGUUCAAGAUACAUGGCAAAGAAAUUUGGGGCAAAGAGCAUAGGCAUCACUCUAAGUCCUGUUCAAGCUACUAGAGCAAACGCUCUUUCUGCUGCCCAAGGAUUAGCUGACCAGGUUUCCUUUCAAGUUGCAGAUGCUUUAAAGCAACCAUUCCUCGAUGGGCAGUUUGAUCUGGUGUGGUCCAUGGAGAGUGGAGAACAUAUGCCUGACAAAGCAAAGUUUGUUGGUGAGUUAGCUCGAGUAGCAGCACCGGGUGGCACAAUAAUAAUCGCAACAUGGUGCCACAGGGAUAUCGGCCCUUCUGAAGAAUCUCUGACGCCGUGGGAGGAAAAUCUCCUGAAAAAGAUAUGUGAUUCAUAUUAUCUCCCAGCCUGGUGCUCAACUGCUGAUUAUGUCAGAUUGCUUGAGUCUCUGUCACUUCAGAACAUCAGAUCAGCAGAUUGGUCUCCCUUUGUGGCUCCAUUUUGGCCAGCAGUCAUACGCUCAGUUUUGACAUGGAAAGGACUUACAUCACUCUUGCGCAGUGGAUUCAAAACCAUAAGAGGAGCGUUGGCUAUGCCAUUGAUGAUGGAAGGAUACAAGAAAGGUCUAAUUAAAUUUGCUGUCAUUACAUGUCAAAAGCUAGCAUAAAUGAAUGAAGGCGAAAGAUUUUAUAGCAUAAGAUGGGUCUCCCAACAUUCUCAUUCAUUCUUGAUUCCUUGCAAUGGGGUGCUUGUUAUUAUAGCAGAGAAAUGAAGAAGUGAUUUCCCCCUUAAAAUUAAUUGUGCAAAAUGGUUCAUCUCCAUUGUAUCAUAUUAUCAACAUAAAAAAUCCUAGGUUUGUCAAAACACUACUUGUAGCAUGCAAUCCAUCGGUGUAUUUAAAUUUCUUUU